CAUCUCUAUGUUGCUCUUCAACAGAAGGGGAUCAACACCUUCAAAGAUGAUGAGAAACUAGAUAGAGGCAAUUCCAUUUCACCAGACCUUCUGAGAGAAAUCGAAGAGUUAAGGAUCGCGCUGAUUGUAUUCUCCAAAAAUUAUGCUAAUUCAACAUGGUGUUUAGAUGAAUUAGCAAAGAUCAUGGAAUGCAACAAACGAAAAGGACAAAUCGUGCUUCCGGUAUUCUAUGAUGUAGAUCCAUCAACGGUGAGGAAACAAAAAUCCAGCUUUGGAGAGGCAUUUAGCAGUCAUGAAGCCCAUUUCAGUGAUGACAAGUUGCAAAAAUGGAGAGCAGCACUAGAGGAAGCGGCUAAUUUAUACGGCUGGGAUUCGCCGAAUACUGCCAACGCGCACAAAGCUAGGGUCAUAAAGCAAAUUGUGGAAGAUAUAAUGACUAAAUUGAGUGUACAGACACAUGCAAGCAAUGCUGAAGAUCUUGUUGGAAUGGAGUUACACCUGCAAAAAGUGUAUAAAAUGCUUCAGAUCGGGUCUGAUGAAGUUCGCUUCCUUGGGAUAUUGGGAAUGGGCGGAGUGGGGAAGACAACUCUAGCGAGAGUCAUUUAUGAGAAUAUUCGGAGUGAAUUUAAAGGUGCAUGUUUUCUUCAUGAAGUCAGGGACCGUUUAUCAAAACACGGCCUAGAGCUCUUGCAAGAGAUGCUUCUUUCAGAAAUCCUUGUUGAAAAAGACCGAAGGAUCAACAAUUCAUUUGAAGGAGCCAAUGUGCAAAAACUAAGACUAAGGUACAAAAAGAUUCUUCUUGUUCUUGAUGAUGUUGAUCACACGGAUCAGUUAGACGCUUUAGCCGGAGAGAGUGAAUGGUUUGGUCCCGGAUGUAGAGUCAUCAUAACAACCAAGAACAAACACUUGAUUAUUAAGUACGAGGUUGAAAAGAUAUACAGGAUGAGUUCUUUAAACGAAGAUGAAAGUUUACAACUGUUUAAACAACAUGCUUUCAGGAAGAACCAGCCCACCGAGGAAUUUGCGGAUCUGUCAGCUCAAGUGAUAAAGUUUACUGGUGGACUCCCGUUAGCUCUUAAAGUUCUGGGCAGUUUCUAGUAUGGAAGAGGUUUGGCAGAAUGGACGAGUGAAGUGGAGCGUUUGAUACAAAUCCCAGAAAAUGAAAUUUUGAAGAAACUCGAACCAAGUUUCACUGGUCUCCACAAUAUUGAGCAAAAGAUACUCUUAGACAUUGCAUGCUUCUUUUCUGGGAAAAAGAAGGAUUCAGUGAUCAGAAUACUUGAAAGUUUUCAUUUUAGCCCUGUCAUUGGUAUAAAAGUUCUCAUGGAGAAAUCUUUGAUCACUAUACUAAACGGUCGCAUUAUAAUGCACCAACUGAUACAAGAAAUGGGCUAGCACAUUGUUCGUCGAGAAGCUUCUUACGAUCCAAGAAUAUAUAGUAGGUUGUGGAAUUGCGAAGAUAUUUCUCCCGUGCUUGAAAGCAAUUUGUUAUGUAGUUACGAUCAUAUGACUUAUAUUAUUUUCCUUUUCUCAUCAACCUUUAAUUUUUUUGCUUAUUAGGGAACUGAAAAGAUUGAAGGCAUAUCAUUGCACCUGACUAAUGAAGAACAAGUGAAUAUUAGUCACACGGCCUUCGUGCAGAUGGCCAGGCUAAGGUUUCUCAAGUUCCGGAAUGUCUAUGUUUGUCAGGGCCCUGAUUUUCUUCCCGAUGAACUAAGGUGGCUUGAUUGGAACGGAUAUCCUUCCAAAAGUCUGCCAAUUAGCUUUCAGGGAAAACAACUAGUUAGUUUGAAAUUGAAAUAUAGCCGCAUCAUACAGCUUUGGAAGACCUCCAAGAUUCUAGGAAAUCUGAAGUACCUUAACCUUGGCUAUUCGCAGAAGCUAAUAAGGACGCCAGAUUUUUCAGGUACCCCUAAUCUUGAAAGACUGGUUCUUGAAGAGUGCACAAGUUUGAUAGAAUUCAAAUUUUCUGUUGGAGAUCUUGGAAAGCUAGUCUUUCUGAACCUGGCAAACUGCAGAAAUUUAAAGACCCUACCAAAGAGUUUUCGACUAGAAAAGCUUGAAAUUCUCAUUCUUUCAGGCUGCUCCAAACUGGAAACAUUCCCAGAAAUAGAUGGGAAAAUGCAUCGUUUAUCAGAACUGUAUUUAGGAGCGACUGCUUUGAGUGAACUGCCUUCGUCAAUUGAGGACCUGUCCGGAGUUAGUGUCAUAAGUCUAAGCUGCUGCAAGCGAAUUGAGUGUCUUCCUAGCAGUAUUUUUAGGUUGAAGUUUCUGAAAACACUUGAUGUGUCCGGAUGCUCAAAACUUAAAAAUUUACCAGAUGAUUCGAUUUUAGUUGGUUUACAGGAGUUCCACUGCACUUACACAGCCAUCCAAACAAUUCCGUCCUCUAUUUCUCUCCUAAAAAACCUUAGGCAAUUAUCUUUCCGUGGAUGUAAUGGUUUGAGUUCAAAAGUAAGUAGCUCAAGCCAUGUCCAGAAGUCUAUGGAUGUAAAUUUUCAGAAUUUAUCGGGUCUUUCUUCAUUGACUGUGCUGGAUCUUAGUGACUGCAACAUUUCAGACGGAGGCAUUUUAAGUGAUCUCGGAUUCUUACCGUCUUUGGUGGAAUUGAAUCUCGAUGGUAACAAUUUUUCCAAUAUUCCGGCUGCAUGCAUAAUUCGUCUCACUCGACUUAAAGUCCUUGCAUUGGCUGGUUGUACGAGGCUUGAGAGUUUCCCGGAACUACCUCCAAGUAUAGAAAAGCUUUAUGCUGAUGAAUGCACAUCUUUGAUGAGCAUUGAUCAAUUAACCAAAUAUCCAAAGUCGCAUGAAGUUUCCCUCACAAAAUGUCAUCAGCUUGAAAAGAAUAAACGGCAUGCCUCUAUGCUUGAUUCAUUGUUGAAGCAUAUGCUCAAGGUAAUAUACAGGAAUCACAGUUUUAGUUUGUUCAUCUCUGGCAUGGAGAUUCCCGAGUGGUUUACAUACAAGAACUCUGCAACUGAUUCAAUCUCAGUGGCCUUGCCCAAAAAUUGGUACACACCCACAUUCAGGGGGUUUGCUAUUUGUGUUGUUUUUGACAUGAUUCCUUCCAUACCUAAUUAUACCAAAUGCCUAAAAACGUUCCAAGGACUUGUGAUGUGGUUAAGGCUCACAUGCCAUCAUGGUUUGCAGUGCCAAUUUAACUCACGUUUCAGCCUUAUAGGAAGUGAAAAACCUGUGGGUGUAGGUAACACUUUCCUCGCCCUUGUAUCGCUUCAUCUGUUUGGGCUGUUGAAGAAUGAUAGCAGUUGCAAUCCUAAUAACUUCAUUCAGCUUCAGCUUGGGGUCUAUGAUAAGGAUGCGGUGACUAAAGGUUUGGGAGUGCGUCUAGUGUAUGAGAAUAGUACCCCAAAGACUCAAGAGGAAAAGAAAGAAUUGAUGGGCAAAAGCUUUCUUCAGGAAAUGACAUAUGAAUAGUAGUAAAAAGUCAUAUCAUCAAUUGGCUCAUGCUCAAAUCUGUUCUUACUGUUUGUUUCAUUGGUUUUUAUGUAAAUUAAACAAAUGUUGUUGCUGAUUACCAUAUCCAAAAGGUUUUUUAUAUAUAAAAAAGAAUUACAAAUGCUUGAA